UGGAACACUGACCGGUGGGACCCACUCGCGGAUGCACCGUCUCCUUCGCGCCUUCCCCUCUCCUCCCCGUCUCCUCUCAACCUUCGCCGCCGAGCAACCAAUUCGCCACCACCCGCCUACCGACCGCGCCGUCCCAUGGAACCGGCUCCUCCGGGAAUACCUCGCCCGAUCCCGCCAGGACCUCGCCCUCGCGCUUUACCGCCGCAUGCGCGCGCUCUGCCCUGCGCUCCCCAACUCCUACACUCUCCCCCUCGUCCUCCGCGCCGCGCCGUCCCCGCGCCUCGCCUCUGCUAUACACGCCCAUGCUCUCCACCUCGGUCUCAACGGCCACCCGGACGUCGCCGGCCAGAUCCUCGCCGCCUACGCCAGGCUCGGCCGCGCGUCUGAGGCCCGCCACGUGUUCGAUGCAUUGCCGGUGAGGAGGAGCACCCUCUCCUGGAACACGCUCAUCUCCGCGUAUUCGACCGGCUGCGACCCCGACGCAGCGAGGGCCGCGUUCGCGCGCAUGGUCGCAGGCGGGGCCCGGCCGGACGCCGUGACGUGGACGGCUCUGCUCUCGGCGCACGCGAGGUGUGGGAAGCAUCCGGAGGUUCUUGAACUUUUCAGGGACAUGCAUGACGGAGGGUGUGAGGGCAACGCCGAGGCCGUCGCCGUGGCACUCUCGGCGUGCCCUUACGCCAGCGGCCCUGCACUGGCAAAAGGGAGGGCAAUACAUGCCUACGGCAUCGUGAAGGGCAUCGUCCAUGGCUACCUUUUCGUCGCCAACUCAUUGGUCUGCAUGUACGGCAAGCUCGGAGAGAUGGAGGAGGCCGAGAAGGUGUUCCGGGACGCCAGAGAGAAGAAUGCCGUGACAUGGAACGCGCUCAUCACUAGCUACGCCGCGGCUGGGCUGUCUGACGAGGCGUUUGAUGUGCUUGCCCGGAUGGAACACUGCGGUGCUCUGCCCAAUGUCGUGAGCUGGAGCGCUGUGAUUGGCGGGUUUGCGGCCUCUGGGGACAUGCAGCGGGCACUGGAGCUGUUCCGGCAAAUGCAGCGGCAGCAGAUUUUGCCAAAUGUGGUGACAUUGGCCACUGUUCUUUCUGCUUGUGCCGAACUACUGGGUUUGCAGUUGGGUCGGGAGGUCCAUGGUCACGCAAUCAAAUCCGUCCUAGACCAGCACUCGCUGGUCGAGAACGGGCUCACCAACAUGUAUGCAAAGUGCGGGAGGGUGGCUGCAGCUCGCAAGGUGUUCAACCGGAUGAAGACCAGGGACCUGAUUUCGUGGAACUCGAUGAUUGCGGGUUAUGGCAUGCAUGGCUUGUGUGAUGAAGCCCUUGCAAUGUUUGCAGACAUGGCCGGAGCUAUGGUUGAGCCUGAUAGCGUCACUUUUGUUGCUGUUCUCUCCGCGUGCAGUCACGCAGGGCGUGUGUUGGAGGGCCGCCGCUUGUUCGAUCAGAUGGUGCAGGGGCACAAGAUUUUCCCAUCCAUGGAGCAUUACACAUGCAUGGUAGACCUCCUUGGGCGUGCCGGCUUGCUCAAAGAUGCAUCUGAGCUCAUCAAGACGAUGCCGAUGAGGCCUGAUCUGUGCGUCUGGGGAGCAUUACUAAACUCUUGCAGGAUUCAUGGGAAUGCAGCCAUGGCUGAAGCUACCGUCGCCAAGGUUUUGCAGGCCGAAACAGAGACUACCGGCAACCACAUGCUGAUCACAAACCUGUACGCCGCAUGUGGGAUGUGGGAUGACUCGAAGAGGGUGAGGGUGAUGACGAAGGAGGCAGGCUUGAAGAAGAAUCCAGGGCAGAGCUGGAUUGAAUUGACGAACAAGGUGUUUGCUUUCACAGCCGGAAACGCGCCGUUCCCUGGAGCUGAGGAGAUUUUCAGAGUGCUCGAUGAUCUUUAUCGAGAAAUGGAAGACGAGAAAGAAACGUUUGGUGCCAUCGCAACCAUUGGAUAG